AGCAUACAAAAUAGCAUGGCACAAGAACCAGCAGUUUCACCCUCGAGUCUUUGGCGGAACAACGCUUUACAAAGUCACCUUGCAGUGGACAUCGUAGCUGCAGUUACCGCGGCCGCCGCUAUUUCACCGAUUAUCACAGCCACCGACAGAUCUGUGGUGGAAAGCGUUACGACUGGGCGGCCACUGGUACGGACACUGGCAAAACAUUUGCUUUGCCCAUUUACGCAACCACGCAUAUUCUUUGCAACUAAGCCCGUAUUCGUUGUGUGGAGUUUAUAUGCCGCCACUUAUCUGACAGCAAAUGCGAGCGAGACGUUGAUAGAAAUAUUUCUCGAUGCGGACAAGGCUCUGGCCGGAACCCUCGUUUCAUCUGCGGUCUUCGCUGUCAAUACACCGCUCAGCGUCUGGAAGGAUGUUCGCUUUGCUCAGUUCUUUGGAACCCGUGUGGUCGCGGCGCAAUCAAGCACGGCAACAACCGCAUCGACGUCGGUAGCGGCUGCACGCCGGAGAAUGCCAGCUUCAGUAAGUGCAGCCUUCUUGGUUCGCGACAUAAUCACAGUCUUUGGGUCUUUCGCUAUCGCGCCUCAAUUCUCGGCCAUGAUACCCGAUGGGUUGGCCCAAAGUGCCCAAGCCAAGGCCUCCGCUGCACAGUUGAUUGUUCCGGCUAUGACACAGAUCGUGGCAACGCCAGUGCAUUUGUUGGGGCUGGAUCUGUACAAUCGACCAGGUAGGAAGGGAGUUGAGGAGCGGAUGAAUGGUGCGCGUCGGAAGCUGCUGUCCACCACAGUCAUGCGUGCCUUUCGACUAAUACCGGCUUAUGGAUUUGGAAUCAUUUUCAAUGGUAAUCUUCGAUCAUCUCUGAGGAACAAGUUAACUAGUUAG